GAUCGUCACACGGAGGUUUCCCCCCCUCGCUUGCAUGCGUAACCGCCUCUCCGAAUCCAGUCGCGGUUUCUGUGCCAGGACCUCGCCGCCUGGAUCAUCUUCCUCCGCCGGGGAGCGCACGACUCUGCGCCGCUGAGAGAGGAGGUCUUUUUCAUCUCCAGAGAAAAGAGGAGAAGCGAGGCUGGGAUUUCCUCCUAUCAUUUCACAUUUGACAGAUCAUCUUCUAGCGUGUGUGUGUGUGUGAGAGAGGGGGCUUUUUUUUCUCCCUGUGUGUGUGUAUGUGUGUGCGUGUGUGUGUGUGUUGGGUGGAGUCAACCCGGAAUUCUCUAAAUUGGAAAUCCGCUGGCACAUUUCAGGAGCAUCAUGAAGGACGGUAUCGCCAACAACAGCACGGCCAGCAUCUCCCAAGCCAGGAAAGCUGUGGAGCAGCUGAAGAUGGAGGCCUGCAUGGAUAGGAUAAAGGUGUCCAAAGCAGCUGCAGACCUGAUGGCGUACUGUGACGCGCACAUACGUGAGGACCCCCUCAUCGUGCCCGUCCCCGCCUCAGAGAACCCUUUCCGGGAGAAGAAGUUCUUCUGCACCAUCCUCUGAUGACCUGCGAGGGGCGCACAAGUGCAGGCAUGGCGUUGCCUGGCUUCUCUGUCUUCACCACACCUGAAGCUACUGGCCACAGGCGUUGAGUUGAGUUUUGCCCCAGCGGACACUCUGUUGUUGGUCAGCUCUGUCCUGGUGGCUGAAGGUUUUGGGGGAGUCAGCUACCAAACUGGCAACCCGGCGAGCGUAUCAUGUCUUGUUAAAUAGGUUUGUUAUUGCUUUGUUAUUAGAGAACAGCCUUGCUCAGUGCUUAAUGAGAUGAGAGAUGUUUUUUUCCCUUCUUUUCUUUUAUUGUGCUAGAUCUUAACAUGUCUCAGGAAACAGAAAUUUGCCCAGUGUUUACUUCUUUUUAAACAUUUAGUCCCUUUCUCCGAUUCUGAAUGAAAAAACAUUAAUCUUUGUAUUAAAUUGAACAUCUGAACACAUUAGCAGGAACGCCUACUGUACUGAAAUGUGAUUUCUGGUUUCUGUUUCAAUUAGCCUCCAGAGUCACCAACAAUUAACCUGCUCCUUUUAGUGCUGGAACAGAAACCUUAUCUGGAACACUAAUUGAUUUCAGUUUGUGCGAACUGCGCUUGUGAUAAGAAGCGGCUGCACGUCGCCUCUGCUGCAAAUAAAUAAACAGACCCUCUGCUUAUUGAAAGGUGCAGAGCUAAUGUUUCAACAGCGAGACGAGUUCUUCAGGGUUAUCACUGUGCAAACAACCCUUAAGUCAAAAAUUAUUUAUGAAUCUGCCGCCUCCUUUCCCCAGGUCCGCUUUAAUGCACUCCACCUUUACUGCUCUAUUUGAUUUACUCCUCAUACGUUUCAUCCACUUUAAAUCAGAGACACUAUCAGUCCAUCCUUUUGCAGGAUAUCUUAACUUUCUCAUUUGUUUGCUGGGCAUGUUUCCUGAGCCUGAUUCUCUUUGCCUGUCCUAGAGUGAAUGGCACGGCCUUUGACAUUAUUGCCAAACCAAGAGGCCUGCAUGUUUCUCUGCUCCUUUUUGACAGCCUCCUGUGUUUCCGAGAGACUGUCGGGUCUUUUAGAGUGUACAGUAUGUUACAGUGCCAACUUCUGUGAGAGCAGCGUGAUCCUCACACUGUGGUCACACAGCCUUCUUUUCUGUUUUUGUUUAGUUUUUGAACAAAAAGCACACUGUCGAAAAACGUUUCCUUUACCUGGUAGUUGAAUAGCAUUUGCUGAUUUUUACGAUGAAUUGUUAUGAUCGUUAUUAAUAUUGUUAUUAUCAGUAGUAUUAUUGAAUAUUUGUUGCAUAGCACUUACAGCUACAUGACGUGUAGUGCUAAUGAGCUUGUAUGAUACUUAGGAAAGGAAACAUUUAUAAAUCAUGCAAUUAUUGAUACUAUCUGAGUAUUUUUUAAAAACAACGCUAAGGGUCGGUUUACAUUAUAUGAUCCCUUCGGUGGUUUAGACUUUUGCAUCAUCGUUUCUGUAAAAUUAAAAUAAAAUUCCUCUUGGUACUUGAACUAGCAUUAGGAAUCAAACUCGGAUACUGGUCUAUCACCAACUCAAACUAUUGGACUCAAAUUGUUUUCAGGAGAAUUACUAUUGUUAUUAUUUCCUGUGUGAACAACCUGAGACUGACCUCAGGACGCUCUCACUGACCUCAUCGUAAGGAUGGUGCCAAUUCUGAAACAAGAAAUAUAACAGCUAGAGAUGAAUAUUGCAUGGAUUUAUUUCUAUCUAUAACAGAGAGAACUAUUAUGAAAUGAAAUAUUGCCUCUUCAUUGAAUUUUCUGGGUGCUACUCUGCACAGAAUAAUCUCAUUGGAGUGCGGAUAUGUCGUGCAGCUGUAUUCAUGAAUGGUAUUAUUGUUUUGGGAAACAAUAGCAAUUAAAUAGCAGGCUUUGUAAAAUCCUACUUUGGAUCAAAUGAAUUAAAGGAAAAGGGCAAC